UAUUGUUGUUAUUAACGGAUUAAUUCUUCGAUUAGAUAGCGUUCAAAUUGGACGAGGAUGAUUAUUGGACACGGGAAGAAAGAGAGAGAGACGUGCAGCAGGUUACGCGAUACUUUUACAUUUCUGCGUGUGAACAUUUUGAUUGAUUUUUGGUAUUCAUGAUUGGCCGAUUCGGUAACGGGGUUCGUGUUUGAAAAGUUUUCGAAAAGUUUAGGUGGACAUUGUGUUGUGCGGAUGCAUUUUGUACACGUGUGUGAAUUUGCCGAGGGGAUCGGGAUCGGUAUCGAGAUUCGUAUCGUUUGUUUCUCGCCCGAUGCAUCAUGCUGACCAACUUCAUAUUAUAUUUAGUAUAAUUUCUUGACGCACACAAUUUUAUCACAAACAUGCCAAAAUUCUAAGUAACGUAUAUACAAAAAUGAAAACUAUCGUUGUUCGAUAUUAGAAAAAAUCGUGAAAAUUAUCAAUUGAAUCGUAUCCUCGAAAGAAGAUGGUAGGUUAUAUUAAACCUACACCUAGAAUGAUGCAUUUUAACCAUUCCUCGUGAUCUCUUUCUUUCUUUCUUUUCUCUUUGGAAACGUUUUAAAAAAAAGAAAAAAUUGUCGCAAAUUAACGGGUAAAAGGAAAAAGAAAAAAAAAAAAAUUGUUUCACGAACUGCAAGCAACUGGAAGCAAAAUGGAAAAGCCGGAAGUGAUACCACUAGAGAAAAAAAUAUACAGGGAAAAAUUGAAACAGCUCGCGACAUGCGAGCAAAUCGUUUCCGACGAAACUAUAAACGCCAUCGGCCGGGUGACCGAGGUCGUAAGGGCAGCGGACGAUAACGCCCCCAGCAGCGACGAACUCGACGAGGAACUCGAGGAGCAGUACAAAGACAUCAACUUGUAUCUCGAUUUGCCGAACGACACGUAUUCCUUGACCGAAAUCAGGCCGGAGCUUCCGUCGUGCGUUCGAUACGGCGUGCGUGCAGGAAUGACCCACAUCAACAUGCCAAAGUUCUCGCCGUUGUCGAGGGGUCAUCAGGGCGGCGCAACAGCGAUCGCUGCUUUCGCGACGACCACGGUGUACAAGUCUCGUUGCUGGAACGAGGCGGUGAUCGAUCAGAUCAUCGAGGACGGGGACACGUUCUACUGCGAUUCCUACAAAGACAUAAACACGGACGACCGCCGAUUGCUCUCGAUUCUCGAUUUGAAGAGGACCAUAUGCGUGCAGAACAAACUCGUGGUGAACGUGAGCAUCGAGGAUGCGGUUUACGCGGGUAAAUUUCGUUCGACCGAGCCCACGGAAUUGCACCUGGUCAAGGCUUUGGACUUGUUCUUCAAGCGUUACAACGCCGCCAUAUUGACCUCGUCCGUGUUGAACAUAGCGAUCUGGAAGGACGCGAGGUAUUACAAUCUGUUCGACGGGCAAGCGAGAAGGGAGAGCUGCGAGCCGGCCCCGGACGGGGUCAGCGGGACGGCUAAAUUAUUCCUGGUCAAGGAUCUGAUCGGGCUUCUGUUCAUCAUUCUGGAGAAGAGCAACGUGAAGAACGAGCCCUUCGUCCUGUACACGAUAGCGAUCAGCGGCGUGGAGCACCACACCCAAAUAGCGGACCCCGAGAAGCUGGAGAGGCGCGAGACGAAGCCGCAGAGGCGGCCGAGCGGUUACAAGAUGCGGGAGAAGUAUCGCGCUGUGGUCCAAGGCUCUUACCACGUCAAUCAUCCCGUCAUACCUGCGCCGCUUCGAGGCCGCACCUUCCUGAUCAUAGCUUUGGCAGCCCUCGUCUACUCCCGCUUGGUGAACGCGAACAAAUGGACCAGCGCUUUGAUCGACCUGAUCUUCAAUCAGUCCAACAUAUACUUCGUGGAUCUGGUCCGAGUGCUCGACAAGGAUCUCGGGGACACGGAUUUCGAGCUUCGGCUGGACGACAUCAUGGGCGACAUCAUCCUCGGCGCGUAUUCGGCCAAGGUGAAGAUACGGACGAACGUGGUGCCCGGCUACGGGCAGAAGAGGGGCAAAUUGGCGAUCGACGACGGCAUACGGGAGUUCUUUCAAACGCAGUUGACGGGUUUGCUCGAGGUGAAGAAUUACUUCUACGCGAUAUGGAGGCACGACGACACGUAUUACUUCAUGGAUCCGUUCGCGUGCGACGACGAGGGGUUCAGAAGCGGCACGGCCGAUAUCGCGGGCUCGGACAAGCCAGGCGAGGCCGCUUGCGUCACGAUGAACAGCUCGAUCAACCAGGUGAUGGAGACCAUUAUGGAGAACACGGGCAGCAGGGACAGGGAUCCGUUCGUGAUCCACGGAGUCAGGGUGUUGUACGUGAAGACGGGCACGACGCCGGGCAGCCCUUUGGAGAAGGUGAUCUAUCGGGAGAAGGGCACGAACCGAAGGCCUCAAGCACCCGUCGCCCCCGUCGUGGCGAGCCCGAGCGUGUUGAGGAUCGAGGAGAUGAGGAAGGUGGACAUGAGCCCGAGGAUAAGGCCCGAGCUCGAGAAGAUGAAGCACGCGGAGGUUCAGGUGCCCGACCUGAUGAAAAACGCGGAGAACUACAUGAUAAAGGACGACGAGCCGCUCACCUACACGAUCGUGACUCCCGAGGAGAAGGUGGCCGAGGCGGAGGUGGCCGGGGAGGAGGAGGAGCUGGAGGAGGAGGAGGAGGAGGAGGGGAUAGAGAAGUGGCGGGCGGAGAUAGCGGAGGGGGAGGAGGAGGAGGCGAAGCCGGAGAAAGAGGAGCCGGUUAUGAAGACGGUGAAAGGUUACAAGAUCGUGAAUCCUCAUCGUUUGGUCCUGCACGGGUCGAAGAAUUGCCUGGACGAGGGUUUCGAUAUAUUGUCGAGGGGGAAGCAGGGAUUGAUCGCAGCCCUCGCCGCGAUAGCGUACAGGAAGCUGAAGGACCCGACCAAGUGGCGGAACAUAGACGUGGACCAGCUGAUCGACGUGAGCAACAAAAUAUUCGAGGAGGUUGUGGAUUGGAUAAGGAAGGGCCGUCCAAAGUUGAAGGAGGACGUGGAAAUAGUGGGCGAGGUCGAGGAGGAAGAGGCGGAGGAGGAGGAGGAGCUGGAAGGGGAGUUGGAGGAGAAAUUGCUGCCGAGGCCGAGCCACUUGGACAUGACGAUGCUACCGGUCAGAUUGAAGAUGGGGGAGAACGACGUGUUCUUCAAGACGAAGAUGAAGAUCAUUCAGGGGGAAGCGUGCCCGUUGGCGAAUCUCGGCGAGGCCCUCGAGUGUUACUUCAACCGUUACCCGGAACUGGUGUUGGAGAACAAGAGACUGAUGUACGGUAUAUGGAAGGAGGAUACCCACUUCUUCAUGUUCAAUCCUUACGGGAGCGACAGCGAAGGUUGGCGCCUUCGCGACUAUCCGGCCUCUUUCGCGGUUACCGCCAGUUUGAACGAGUUGGUCGAUCUCCUUUACGGCGUGAUGGAGUUCAACGAUCACUUUUUCACCAUUCACUUCGUCGGUUUGGACUCGAUACAGCCGGGCCUCUACGCCACCGAGCAAGAGAUAAUAAUCCCGACCGACGCGCCGAUCGAGAAGUUCAAGACGUCGUUUUUACCGAUCACGGACGCCGAUUUGAAGAAGUUGGAGGCCGAGUUACUGGCGGAACAGGUGGUGGAGAAGGAGCCUGAGAUAGUGGACAUAGUGGACAUCGAGGAGGAGGCGGAGGAGGAGGAGGAAGAGGAGGAGGAGGAAGAGGGGAAGAAGGUCGUGAGGAAGGUCUUGAAGGAGGAGGAGAAGCCUAUGAUCGAUCCGUUGCUCGAGGUGAAGGAGCAGGAUCAACCCGACUCCCCCUACCGUUUGAAUCUCAUCCUGUUGACGUCCAACAUGAAGAUCUACGACGAGAACGACGAGACGAUCGAUCAGGUCCACGAGCAAUUAGCUUUGGAGAAGCUCAAGUACAACCUUCCGCCCCCCUACGUUUUGCCAUCGAACAAGAUCUUGAUAAAGCUUCUCGAGGCGAAACGUGCCAAACGAUCCAUCCCAUCUCUGGUGUCCAGGUUCUCCAUAGACUCGAGGUUGGACGUGAAGAAGAAGGCGCCCCCCAUGUACAUAUCGAAAUCGGCCGUGGUCAUGCCGGGCGGCCCCGAAGUCUACGAGGCGAUACCCUCGAAAAUGAUCAAGUUGUCCCCCAACAAAUACCUGUACUCUAGAAUUUUACCGAUAUGCCUGAUGCCUCUCAGGGCUAUCGACGAUAUGUACAUCCAGGACGAGACCCUCGCCCAGGCGAUAAAGGAGAAAGAGUUAAAAAGAAUCGAGGAGGAGAGAAGGCGUGCCCAGGAAUUCGUUAAACAGGACGUGCCCGAGAUACCGGUGGGGAUUCGAAUACGACCGAUCUUGUUGAUGCUCGGCCCGAUCAUUAAAACACCGACCCCCGAGAAACGAUUGGCCAUGACCUGUAUCGAGAAGAAGAAACGGAAGUGUCUGUUGCCCAAAACCGACGAGGGUGACGCUCUUAUGGAGAAGAUUCUCUGCGACACCGAGGAUUUGUUGCUAGAAUUGUUUUUCCCCGAUUUCAAAGCGAAAACUGAUCAGGUUCGUCUAUACCUUACGAAUAAUAAUAAAAAAUAUGAAUCCUUUGUUUCCCUCUUUCUCUUUGAUCUUAAGCUUACCGAGGAUGGGAUCCGAAUAAUAUCCGGCAGCAUUUGCUACGACAACCGUGCCGCGGUCGAAGCUUGCCACUUGAAAUCUUGCUUCUUCUCCGCUCUGUUGUGCAUCCUGACGAAGAUCAAAUUGGACCCGGACAGCUUCUCGGGCAAGAUUCUCGAUCAGCUGGUGUACCUCGGGGACAAGAUCUAUCAGAAGACCGGGAAGCUACGGUUCAAACCGUACCGAUGGUUCCACCACAUAGAGAUCUUGGACACGAUCUACAACGUGAUCACGAAACAGAUCAUUUACGCGGAUCCCGAGAAUUGCGAGGACGACGACCUGGAGUUCGUCGCGGACAAUUUCUUCGAGAAGAACAAAACGGGGAUCAUCGUGUUCGCCAAUUGCUCGUACGCCGUUUGGACGGCGAACGAACGUUACUACUUGUUCGACCCUUACCCGUGCGACGACAAGGGGAUCGCUUCCGCCGAGGGUUACUCCUGCCUGAUGGAGUUCUGCGACCUGGCCGCGAUGAUGGAGAGGAUCGAGAGGAACGUGGGCGAGAACACGAAGAAACCGUAUCGGGUGUACACGAUAUGCAUAGCGCACAUGGAGAACAGGAAGCGGAGGAGGAAACGGAGGAAGAAGGCGAGCCGCGUGGUGGAGAGAAGCGCGGUGAGGCAGGCGAUGGAGGAGACGGGGGGGCGAGGAGGCGUGGAGGAGGCCGAGAUGGAGACGACCGCCAUCUCGACCGCGUCCGAGGUGUCGUUGAUCGAGCAAUCGGAUUGGGUGAGGAGCGAGGAGUCGAAAGUGAGCCUCGCGUACGACUUGACGAUCCCCGGCUUCGCCCCGAUCGAGCAUUACAACGCGUCCAUGCUCGACGUGCUGGUCCUCGAGGACGAGAUCACCACCCCCCUGUUGCCCCCCUUCAAGAAAUCCUCGCUGAGAAAGUGGGCGGAGGCCGACGACGAGUUCGAGGCGAUAAAGCUGUUGGUGAGGAAGAAGGUGUUCGAGAAGAAGUUCAAGUGCCACUCGGCGAUCUCGACCCCGUUGGAUCUUUGCAUCAUGGCUUGGUCGUUGAUCCACGAUCCGAUCACUUGGUCGGUCAGAACGGUGAAAGGUUUGUACGAGGCGAGCGUCGAUUACACGUUCGACAGUUUGCUGGCCACCGAGGAUUCGACGGUGAGCGAGAUGAUAGACGGCCUCCUGCCCGAGUUCGAGAUAGCGAAUUACGUGUUCCGCGUGGUCUCGGUCCCCCUUCACUACGGGACCCUUUACAGUACCGAGGGUUGGAAUCUGUCCAUGUCGUUGCAAAAGGUGUUCGACACGCCCAGCUACACGGGGGCGAUACUGAUUUGCGGCGAGUCUCACAUCGGUAUCUUGAAGAGGGACGAAAAUCACUUCGCGUGGUGGACGGUGAGGAGGACGAAGAAGUUGAGGUUCGUCACGUCCUCGGACAUGAGAGAGUUCUUGAAACUGAUCAUCCAGGAGAUGGAUCAACCGAAGGAGACGUUUUUCGUGAUACGGGUGAUCACCGUCUCCUACGCUCAGAAGAUAGAUCCCGAUUGCAGCGACACGAAAGGUCUGCACGAGCCGGUCGUGCCUUUGUCGUCCUUGGCCGAGAUCCAUCGCAUGCCGGCCAAGCCUUACGACCUCGAGGCGAUCUUCAGGCCGACCAUGCCCGAAUCCAACAAGCCGAUAUUCAUCCACGGGACGGUCGCGUUCAACAACAGGGACGCGGUGGUCGAGCCCAAGGUGAAGAGGUGUUACUUCGUCGCCGUGUUGGCCGUGAUGGUGCAGCGGGACAUCAUUCAAAGCCCGAUGCCCGGCAUGAUAGACAAAGUGAUCGAGGUCGCGGAAUCGGUUUACAGGGAAUUCGGGGAAUUGAAAUUUCACACGGAACAAAUUCUGCGCAACGUUACCGUGAUGAACAGGAUCUUCGAUUUGCGGGACCUCGUUUAUCCCUUGGUCAGGUUCACGGUCAAUCCUCGAACCAUGAAGAACGAUUUUUACGUCCAGGUAAGGAAGCACGUGAGAAAAUUCUUUAAGACGAGCUCGAGCGGGAUUUUGCACUUUACCAAUUGCUGCUACGGUUUCUGGUACUCGAGGGCGACGAACGCCUAUUAUUAUCUAGAUCCUUAUCAAUGCAACGAGAAGGGGAAGAGAGCGGAGCGAGGCGGUAAAGCGUGCCUCUGCAUAUUUCCCACCAUUUGCCAGAUGGUCAGGCAGAUGACGCUGAAUCAGUUCGAAGAGACGACGGGCUUCUUUAUACACCGACUUCACGUGGAAUCGGUCAACAUGCCCCCGUUCAAAACGUUCAAGGAGGAUCCCAUGUGGUUGUACCUCGACUACCAUUGGAACUUCAGACACGCCCCCGACAUAGUCAAGUUGGGGAACAAGAAGAAGAAGCAGGAGGAGGAGGGGGAACAGCAAAACGUGAAGCAAUUCUGGAACAAUUACGCCAUCGAGGUUUCCAAUCUCAUUUACUCGGUUUGGGGGACGAUCGGUUGCUACGAUUCGAGAUUCGGGGAUCGGGCGGGCAGGAAUCAAGCGGCGAUCUGCGUCGCCGUGCUUGCCAUGCAAUACCUCAGCCAUCCGUCGAGAUGGGGCCCGGCCAUAUUGGACUCGGCGGUGAUCUGCGGAGACUCGUACUACACGGAGAGCCUGAGAAGCUCGAUCAUACGAUGCACCAAACAUUUCAACAGGUUCAACUUGCAGACCACGUUCAAGAUCUUCCCCCACGUGUGGAUCAUAGACUUCAGGGACAGCAUAUGCGGGAUUCUGUACGGGGCGCGUAACAGGAUGACCCUCGCCUGCGCCCUGAAAAAAUCCUUCGAGGAAUCUCCCAACGUUCUGAUCGAGUGCAACAAGAUCACGCUGUCCGCGCUCGCCGCGAAAGACGGAUACUACGUGGCCGACCCGUGCUGGGUCGGGCCGCCCCUGUUCACCAAAGACCACGGGGCCAUGUACGUUCUACGUUGCAAAAAUAUGAACUCGUUGGUGUACGCGGUGAUCAAGAUGCUCAACACGAACCAGAGGCUCGACUUCCGCAUCUCGCCCGUCCUAUUCACGUUCCAGCAGGAGGACUUCAACUUCGCCGACGUGGCGAAACGGGAGCCGAAGAGGAAGGUGUUGAUGGAGCCUGUGCGGACCACGCCGGGGAAAGCGAGCGAACCUGUCGGGGCAAUACCGGGCGCCCACACCACGCCCGACGAAGACUCUUUCCUCACGUAUCGCAGGAACGUGAGGGAGGGCUACCAGAAGAGUUACGAGCUCGAGAAUCCCGAGCUGCCCUCCGUCGAGCCCGUGUUGGAGAAGGACAACAUGACGAGCGCGCUGAUCAGCACCACCUGGCACUUGAACCUCGGCCAGGCCGCCCCCCUCGAGAAGGUCAGCCCCGUGUUCGACCCGCGGUUGAUCGAGCACGUGCCGGAGGAAUGCGAGGCUCGGGUGAUGGACUCGUUCAAGCCCAUGUUCCCCGCCCAGAUGUCCAUCACCGACUUGUUGGAGGUCUGCGGUGGUUAUCCAACGGUGAUGGACUUCACGAGCGAGCAACCGCCGCCCAAGAGGCCGCUCGAGUGCGGAGCCGCGACCAGCUUCCUCACGGAGACGGCGCGCCAACAGUUCCGCGUCCACACCACCGACAUGGCGAACGAGGUGUACAAGACUUACAAGCAUCGGCUGCCGACGUUGGCCAGGCAGAGGAUGAUGCGGGACGAGAUUGGCGAGGAUAUCCAUCCCACCGAGGAGGAGGCGAAACAGAACUCGCCCGACACGGAGGCGGAGACGGAGGAUGAAACGUUCACGGAGACGGAAGCCACCGAAGCCACCGAUGAAACUGGAUAUUGAAUGGAAUUUUUCUUUUCUUCUUUUUUUUUUCUUUUCUUUUCUUUUCUUUUCUUUUCUUUUUCUUCUUCUUCUUCUUCCUCCUCCUCUUCCUCUUCGAUUUUCUUCAUUCUUUUUAUCCAUUACCAUUCAUUUAUCUUGUUCGAUCUUAUCUAUCUCGACUCGAAUUUUUUCAAAAGUUUCGAAAGUGAAAGUCCCUCGUGUCGUGUCUUGGCGAAAGUCUUUUAUUUAAUAUAUUUUCGAUAUCGCAGUUUUCAAUAUAAUCCGUGAAUAGAUGAUUCCGUGGAAUCGUUGUUGUGAAUCGAUCGAUUUUGUCGCCUAUAUAAUUGAUUUCCUAGAAAUCCUAGAGUAUUUUUACGCUGUUUUAUAUAUGAUGUAAUAUUUUAUUAUUACGUGUGGUUUUUUUUGGGAUUUAUUUUGAAGUUGAAAAAGGAUCACCGGGAACGCCAGUUUCGUUUUGUGUUUCAAUUCAUGGAUGUGCGUCAGUAUUUAUAUAUAGACGUAUAUUUAUUUUAUAUUUUAUAAUGCUUUCGAUGAAUGCUCUCAUGAACUAUAAAUAAAUAAAAGUGGCUAUAAAUAAAAAUAUAUAACGUAAAAAAAAAAAAAAAAAAAAAAAUAACCGACAUGUUUUCGUAAUUUGUACGGACGUGCAAUAACGCGCGUUUGUCCCGAGAGAUUGUUGCACAAUAUUUAUUAAGCAACAAAUACGGAAUGAUAAUUACGUGGAAAAUUUUAAAAUAUCCGAUAAUAAUCGAAACGUUUGCUCGCACGUAAAAGAUGCAUGAAGUAUCGUUCGAUAUAUUUCUCUAACGUUUCGCACGAAGGUAAACCACUCCACAGGUUCUAUGACUUCGGUGAUCGAAGAUCGAAUUGUCCUUUAUUAUUUUAAAAUCGUUCGAACGUGCGCUCGUUAAAGAGCGAAGCGGUCCACCUUGGACCCUACGAUCAUCGAACUUUUCUUACUUACUCACGUCUCGAGAACUUAUUUAUGACUUUUUCUGAAAGUCAAGGUUGCGAGACCAAGACCAUUAAUCACGAAAUUCUUCCUUCGAUUCGAUUAAGAAACGAAAAAUAAAAAAAUUUGGUUUUUCAUCGAUUAUUUUCGAAUAAUAAAAUUAGACAAAUUAAUCUCGAAUUGUAAUUUAUUUGACAAAAAACGUACAAAUUAGUAAGUUUAAUGGUGGACGGCAAUUAACGUUGAAAUAAAAACUUUACAAUACGUAUAACGAUACAUAAGAAAUAAAAAAAAAAAAAAAAAGGAUUUAUUUCUACUUACGAUGAUAAUGACACAAAUUUAAUUGAAAGAAAGAAAGAAAAAAAAAA